ACAAAGAUGGCGGCUCCUGUCAACAACAAACCAGAUUGUUGGAAAGCUCCUGAAGUGUUUAAACACCAUGAACAGCGUAAAAUAUGCAUUUCUCGACCAAAGUAUAGAGAGGGGAGGAAGGCAAAAGCGGUUAAGGUCUACACCAUAAAUUUGGAGUCUCGCUAUGUGAUGGUUCAGGGGGUCCCAGCCAUAGGAGUGAUGAACGAGCUGAUCCAGCUGUGUGCUCUGUACGGGACAGUGGAGGAGUACAGGCCUUUGGACGAGUAUCCGACUGAGGAAUUCACUGAGGUCUACCUGGUUAAAUUUCAGAAGCUUGUCAGUGCCAGAGCAUCAAAACGACACAUGGAUGAGAAGAGCUUUUACGGAGGUGUUCUACAUGUAUGUUACGUCCCUGAAUAUGAGACAGUGGAGGACACCAGACAAAAGCUACAAGAGCGUAAGAAAUACAUAAUGAGGACUCUACACCAUAUUGCAAGAGAAAAACGACAAACGUUACCUGUAACUCCAGAAACCACUGCACCAAAUGCAAUAGAAUCCUCAGAAGCAACCACCUCCAAGCCAUAUACGACGCUUACAAAUAAUACAGAAGACCACUCAUCACAUCAACAUUCUAGUUUUCCUUUGCUUCCCCUGCCUCCUCGAGAACAUCAAUAUCCAGGAUACUAUCACAGAAGUUUACCUACCGAGGAUAAAAUGGGAACAUUGCAUAAUGCUAUUGUUCAUAAAGGACCACAACAAGAAAUGAGUAUGACCAGCUCUAAGGUGCCUAGAGACUCAUUCAGGGACCAACAGAUGCCACCUCAACCCCCUGUAAGAUUUGUACCACGGACAACACAGUUAGAGAAAAGAAAACAACUGGCAGAAGAGGACACUGAGCAAUCCUUAAAAGAUGUUACUUGUCAAAGUGAAGGAUUUAUAGGGCCAAAGUUACCUGAGCAACCCAAACUGGACAUGGAGGAUGAAUCUUUAAAUACUACAGUCAAGAUGGUCAGGGACACUUUGAAAAAGGUGGAAUCAUUUGCUGAAGCCAAGCCAGUGCUUAAAAAGGUGAAACAACGUCGUAGGAUUUAAUUUGUUUUUUUGCAGUGUUUGAGUAAUAAUCAAAUGAUGUCUGGUAAUGUCUGGUUACAAAUUAGCUUCACGAAUAAAUUGACUUCACUGUUCCUCCUACAUUCUAAAUACACGUUCCUCAAAGGUAUAAAUUGCCUGUAAGAGUGAAAAGAACACAGUAAUUAAACACAAUAUUUUUAGGGUAAAACGUUAACCACCCAACAUCAUUAAAUACCGUUAAAUCUGGAAGACAUUGUCCAAACGCCUCAAGUAAAAGGUUCUCCUCUUUUACAGCUGUAAUGAAAUCCAUUAACGAUAACUUUCCAUCAUGGUCAUGAUCCUUUUGACAGAAACACAUUUGGUACACACCAUUGAAUACAAUAUUUUAUAGGUUUGUAAAGAUCUUUUUGUCAAUUACAUACUGUGCCUGACCAUUUUCUUAAGCGUCAUUUCCAGCAGGUCCAUUAUGCCCUCAUCAGGGUCCUCCUCGUUCGGCUGACUUGUGAGACUGUUCUUCAGGAAAUGAAACAUCUCGUCUCUGGAGAUGUAGCCAUCAUUAUUUAAAUCAUAGACUGUAAAACAGUCUGAACAUGGAGGAAAGAGGGAUGAAACAAAUGAUUGUCUUAUAUAAUUUGUGCGGUGUUCAAAUAUUUAAAGUAAGCAUAAAGGUCACAUUUUAUUUUUUCAUCUAAUGUCCCACGGAGAAAAACAGACAAGCCAGCAAUCCAUUCUCUCACACUUAAAUAACCAUCAUUGUCUUUGUCAAAGGUUCUGAAGACUGCAAAACACACACACUGAAUGUCACAUGCUUCAUUGUGGAUGUUUCCUUCUAUGGAUAACUCAAACAUAAUAAAGUGUUUUUACCUCCGUCC